AAUCUAAUAUGGAGGUCUCAAUUGGAAGUAUGUGAGAUACUUUUAAUUGUUUUCUACUAAAGAUUUAUUUAACGGAGACUACUGGAAAAGGUGAGAAUAUAAAGAAGAAAGAAUUAUCAAGAAAAGUUAAUCUUUAGCUUUUAUUGGAGUAAUUUUUGAGUAUAUUCUCACCGCAUUCCGGCUAUUACAUAUUGGAACAUUUUUGACGGUUGAACCAGUUAUGGACGAUUUGUGGAGUUUAGAAGAUUUUGCACUUUUCUCUCUGGUAAAAAAUUUUCAGAAAAUUCUUAGAAAUGAAAAUCAGCGUCGGCUACUACUGAAAUCAAGAAUUCCAGUUAUAUUCGGUCAAAGAAUAUUCGACGAACUGAAUGAUUAUCAUUUUGGUAUACCGGAUGAUAUCCUAUCAGUAUUUACGGAGAAGAUACUUCCUUUAAAAAAUGCACAUAUGAAUGGUAGACUAACUUCUCUAGUUGGAAUUAAGCCGUUUCUAUCUGGACAAUUGCUAUCCACUGUCACGAUACAAGAUCUGAAAAAAGAAGCUGUCAAAGAUUGGAUUAUUUAUUUGGAUACUUCCAAAUUAACUGAACUAUCUUUAGAAGGUUGUCGAUUUUACAGGAAAAAACACAAGCAAAAGACCAAGAAAACUGGCAUUAAAAAAGAAUACCAGACAAAAGAACGAAAAGAGAAUAGGAAAAUUUCUGCUGCCAAGUUUAACAAUUUUCCCCCAUUCAAUAACAUAAUCAAAUUGGAUCUAUCACAUUCGGAUAUAAAUGAUGCUAUCUUCGUAAAUUUUACCAAAGGAAUGGACAAGCUAGAAAUUCUAAAUAUAUCUCACACAAGCAUAACUAACUUGUGUCUUCUCCACAAAUUUUCAAAUUUAGAAUAUUUAGAUUGCUCUUUCCCGAAAAAUAAGGAAGUAUACAGCACCUAUUUGGCAUUACUAUUGAUCAGAAAGCUGAAGUAUUUGGAUAUCUCAAAGUCUAGAAAAUUCAAGGAUAGUAAUACUUAUAUGAAAUAUCCUUCGGUAGAAGAAUUGCUAAAAAUGCCGGGUGGCAACGAAAUACCAACCGACAUAAACGUACCAGAUAUCUUUUUUACUAAAGUACAUUGGCGAACGUAUGAUUUUCUAGAAUAUGCAGAAUGGCCUGAUUUACUUGUUUUUGAUAUGACUGGCCACUGGGAUUAUGUAUCUCAAAGUGUUAACAAAUUCAUCCAAUUUCACUCAAAACUAGUUUAUCUCGGAUUGGGCUAUUAUGAUCUUAUGUGCCUAAAUUCCUUGGCAACCAAAGACUCUCGUGUUGAAGAUUUAACAAAUCUCUCACAUUACGAUAAAGUUAUUGGUUCAACUGGUAAACUGAAUCCUAAAAUGAAGAAAAGAUAUCGUAGACCAUCUCAUAUGUACUUUUUUCUGGAUAGUAACCCAAGUGACGAUGAGGAUGAUGAGAACACUGAAUCUUUCAAUCAUUUUGAAGAUAAUUUUGAAAAUGUAUCGAAAAAUUCAAUUAAUAAUUUCAAAGAGAGACUAAAGGGUAAAGAAGAGUUAUUGUGCGAGACACUAAUUAAUAGACUUGAUUGGAUUAGGCGAACGGUUACUGAAGAACUUAAAACCAAAAGAGAACUGGGUCUAUGGUGUAUGGUAAUCAGUUGCUUGGAUAUAAAGAAAUCGAAAGAUUUCUUAUAUAUCAUAAAAUCAUGUGCCAGAAUUUACUUGCAUAAUAGAGAAUCGAAUCACUGGGGUAUUUUUAUUCAAUAUUUUAUAGAAUUGUUGGGUAGAUACCUUGCGUAUUUCAGAAUGAUAUGCAAUAUUACUGAUAUCUAUGAGCUGAUUUUUGACAAAGGGAGUAAUUACAGCGAUUCAUUUUAUGCGGGGGUCUUGAAAAAUUUUCUUAGGACCCUCGACAUUGAAAACGUUUGUAUCUUUCUUUAAAUUAAACCUGAAGUUUUGAGCACUUAUUGAAAAGCAAACACUUUUUCUUAUUAUUUCAGCUACCAAAGGGAGAACUGAUAGCGCUUUGUAAAGGUAUCAAUAAAACAGGUAGAUGGUGGACGAAUACCGAACAGAGUCACGAUUUGGAGUUUUUAGUAAACAAAAUUAUCACUACUUGUAGCAGCAAACUACAAUAAUUGUUUAUUACGUUAUUAUUUGAGUUUUUUUUGACAACCAAGUUAACAUAACAUAUUUUACAUACAAAAAUUAUUCAAUAUAUGCUAAAUUGUAAUUCUUUUCGAGUAUUACAAAUGGCUAUGUUGUUAUAUAUCAUUGAUUAAAAAAAGAUUUUCUAACCAAUUUCAUUUGCUAACAAUAAUUCUGUUAUACUUUCAAAGGGCU